GUUUACUUGACGCAACAUCUGUGUACGCUGUCCAGACUUGCAGUUCUUUAUCUCCUCUUAACCAAACGAGCAUUCUCAUCGGACGCCACUAAAAAGAUCUUCACACUUAGAAGCACGAUUUCCAGGUUUAAAAGGAGUCUGAGAUGCCGUACAUCAAACAGGAGGCGGAGCCAGAGACCCUAUACAUUAAAGAAGAAGAACAGGAAGAUGAAAUCGCGUUUCCACUGACUAUCAGUGUGAAGAGUGAAGAAGACGAAGGUUCAAGUGAAGAGAGCAAAGCAGAAAGACGUUUGAAUGACGCUUCAUUUGAACACCCAACAACAAAAGCUGAGGGACAAUCGCAGCUGGACGGCCUCUUGGCUCCGCUCUCGGACAGCAAUGACGUAACAUCAAAUUCUUCUGACCUUAACACUGAUGAGGAGGAUGUUGACUUUGGUCAAAAUGCUUUGAAAUCCUUAAACAAGUCAUCAUUGAUAAGAGCUACAACAGAAUGCGCGGGAGGGAAACGUUUUGCCUGCUCACUUUGCGACAAAACAUUUUUUACAAAGCGAGAGUUAACAAUACACACGAGAAGACACACUGGAGAAAAGCCUUUUGUCUGCUCACUUUGCGAUAAAAGGUUUUGUACAAAGCCUGAGUUGACAAUACACACGAGAAGACACACUGGAGAAAAACCUUUUGUCUGCUCAGUUUGUGGGAAAAGAUUCCUUGAAAAAGCAAAGUUAAUUAACCAUGGAAGAACUCACACUGGAGAGAAACCUUUUGCCUGCCCAUUUUGUGAUAAACGCUUUUGUUGGAAGGUCCAGUUAACAACACAUGCGCGUCAACACACUGGAGAAAAGCCUUUCACCUGCCCGUUUUGUGGUAAAGGAUUCGCUGAGAAGGGAAAUUUAGACAAACACAUAAGAACACACACUGGAGAGAAGCCUUUUGCCUGCUCUCUUUGUGAUAAAAGAUUCAACGACAAGCGAAAUUUAAACACGCAUACAAGAACUCACACAGGAGAGAAGCCUUUCGCUUGCUCACUUUGCAAUAAAAGAUUUUGUCUGAAGCACCAGUUAACAAGACACGUUAGUACACACACUGGAGAAAAAGCUGAGAAGUGCAGCGUGUGACCAGAUUAAAUUGCCAUUAUAUGUCAUUAUUCAUGAAUUGGAUCUGCUUAAGUAUUGUCAGCGUGCAGCUGUGUAUAUUUAUUAACUCCCGCUUAAUCUGGGGUUGGGUCGCAGGGGGGCACCAGUUUUAGCAGGGAAGCCCAGACUUUCUUCUCCCCAGCCACUUCAACCAGCUCCUCCGGCGGGAUACCAAGGCGGUCCCAGGCCAGCCGAGAGACAGCGUGUCCUGGGUUUGUCCACAGGGCCUCAACGACAACUGCCCCAAAUAACAGGAAGCUAAUCCCAUCCAGGUUGUAAACCACAAAUAUUUUUUUUAUAUGUAGCAUAUCAAAAAUGUACUUGAUAUGUUAGAAAACGUUUGGGGGGAGAGUGUUUUUUUUCCCAGGGUAUUUUUUUUCCCAUAAAGCACUUUGGUGUUCCCUCCACUAGAUGGCCCUCUAAGCAAGCGCUGAGCUCGCCUAUGCCCUGCUCCUGUGUUUGCCCUUUUGUAAGGAGACAGGUCAGUGAUUGUCUUCUUGUACAGUAUUUUUGUUUCAUGGUUAGGGUUGAGUUAGCAGGUGGAGCUUCAGAGCCGUGAUCUGUUUUCUUUGUUAUUUUGACCUUGACGCACCCUGAAGGAAAACGUCUCCUGUUUAUAGUUUUGUGAGUUUUGUCUUUGUAAAUAAAAUGAUUUUGUGGUCAACUGUAAA